AACUCUAGUCACAAGGUGACAUAGGGGUGAUUUUGGCUGUGCCUUCUCCGCUCUACACUGUAUUCGUGAUGACACCGUUUGCGACACAAUUUCAACCAAUUGACAGAUCGACGAAGGAGGAAGGGCAUCAUUGGGCUUAGAAUCAGAGAUGAAUUGAUGUAGACAGUGGGGCGCUACGUGAAUGCAAGGAUAGAACAGUAGGAAGGAAGGUGAGGAGUGUUGUAACUAUGCAGCUUGCGAGUGGAAGGUGGGGCUGUUGCUGGUGACAGAAUUUUACCUCGAGCGAUUGCUGUUUCAUAAUUCGCUCUCAUGGGGAAGCACAGCAAGAAGAAGAAGCACGAAGUCAAGGAGCUUGAAAGUUCUGGUCUAGACGGCAAUGUAGAGACGCAGACAGAGAGAGGCAGAGAAAGCUGCUUGGCUGACUUGAAUGGGAUUAGAGAAGUGCAAGCCGUUAGUGAGCAAAACGUCGAUGGUACUUCUGAGGUUAGAGAUGUAGCCGAGGCCGUUCAUGACGAAAUUAAUAACGAUGGGUUGGAAUCGAUUUCAUUGAAGAAGAAAAGCAAAAAGAGACGCAGGGACAGAGAAAAUGAGCAGGAAAAGGACUCGCUCUCCAGUGCUGCUGACGGAGGCGGAGUGAAGCUCGAGGCCGUUUCUGACGACCUGGUGGAAAAUGGGUCCGAAUCGUCUUCCUUGAUGAAGAAAAAGAAAAAGAGAAGCAGGGACAGAGAGUUCGAAGAACAGGGAAAGAACUCGCUCACCAAUGCUGCUGACGGGGGCGGAGCUAAGCUUGAGGCCGUUUCUGCUGACCUCGUAGACCAUCAUGAUUUUCGAGUACCAGUCGUCAAAACAAGGAAGAAAGUCAAAACAGGGAAGAAAGUCAGGUUUCAAAUUCCGGAAAUUGAGGAGAGGAAGCAAGAGGAGGCAGAUGUGAUGGUCUCGGAGGAAGAUGAAGAAGGUAACGAGGAGAAGUUGUCUUUGGCGCGUGUCGAGAGUGGCUCCGAGGAAGAUGAACGAAGGGAGAAGAAUAUACUAUUUGACGAUGAAUACAUGAAACAAUUCCCUGCAAGCCUUUUUCAGAACCGAGGUUGGAAAAGAGACCAGAAACGUACGGAUCUUAAGAACGGAUUUUUCUCUGAAGAGGAGGAUGAGAGGAUUAAAAGAGCUUGUUUUGCCUGGCUUAGGAUGAAAAAUCUGGAUGAGAAAGAUGGAGUGAAGAUGCUGUUCUCUACCAUGAAGCAUCCGGAAGUUCGAGGCGCAUGGUUAGAUAUUGCAAGAUGUUUACCUGAUCGCUCUGUCAAGCUUAUCUAUACGAGGGGUGAGCGGCUGCUGGCUGGACAUAAACGGGGAAAAUGGUCGCAAGAGGAACUCCAGCAGCUCAGAGAGCUUAGAUUGAAAUACGGUAAUAACUGGAAAACAGCCGCACAAUAUUCCGAACGGUCUGGACAACUGAUGAAAGAUAAAUGGCGACACAUGAGAAUUGAAACGAAAAGAGGAAGGUGGACUGAGAGUGAGUAUAAUCUACUUAGCGCCUACGUUCGUUGGAGUUUGAGGAUAAAAGAUCAUGUUGGGCGGAAGGAGAACGAUCGUCGAAUAAUUCGUGAUGAUAUCAACUGGGAGAUAAUCUCUGAGAAAUUGCUGCGCACGUCGGCUUCUUGCGCACAUGAAUGGUACCACAGGCUAGCCUCUCCUUUGAUAACGGAGGGACGCUGGGCAAAUGGCGAUGACCGCCGAUUGCUGCAAAGCUUAAUGGAACAUGGUGCAUCCUCGGAGGAGGCAGUAGACUGGGAUCGACUCUUGGACGACAGGGACGGGAUAACCUGCGAGACCCGGUGGAACGAGAUGAAAAGACUUUUGUGGUCACGAUAUGUACCCUUUGAAGAUAAGCUUGAACAGUCUCUCAGACGCUUCGCUCCAGAUCUGAUUGGGCAAAAGGACGAAGUAGAUAUUAACUUUGAGGUGAUCAACGGCCAUGUGAAACUUGUUGAGUAACAUAUGGUUUUACACUUUCUUCAAGGUAUGCUUUUUAUCCAAGAACAUGAAGGUCAUGUUUCGUCCUUUUUAAUACCGUUUUUUUAAACCCCGCUUGCAAAGGUUGGAAGGAACAAGAUUGCCUGUGACCAAUACCUUUCAGAUACCGUAGAGAACAUACUCUAAGCAAUCUGAGUUUCGUAUACGAUGCUAAGUUUUGGACGUGAAAAUUCUUAACUUACUGCAAUCAAUUCUCCUUGUGUUCAGAAACAGUAGCAACGAGAUGAGGUUUUCCCCGUCUGUGCCAUCAAAUGCACAAUUCUUUCUCGUGGUAAAUGUACUUGUAGGUAUCUUUGACUCUGAAUAUUGAAGGAUGUCAGUGUCUCUGCCUGGACUCGAAACAUAGGUUUGGACGUGAGGGAUUUCAGCUUUUGGUCCAGUCAACGAUACGUUUAUGUAGCAAUUUUGAACUCUACUCACAUUUAUGAUGUUCAAGAUCUUAUACCUAUGACUUGAAGAUGUCCUACUUCAAUGCAGGAGUUUGUGCUAAAAUCUGUACUACAGCUGCGGCGAUAACUCCAACAAUGGAGGAGUAAGCAACGAGUAGUCACACACUGAAGAAAGGAGAUGUGGCAGGGUUGAAGAUGGAGAUGACAGCGAGGAAGCAACAUGGGUUUCGUGUUGACUCGAUGUUACACCCCACUUAUUGUUUUGAGCCUAUGUAAUCUGCCGACCUUUCCACAUGUAUGAAGUGAUGACAGUUAUUGUUGCUGACACAAAGAGCUUAAGAAUUGAAAAAGUCGUGCCAUUGGAUCUUGAUCAUACUUUUCGUAAGUCAUUGUUCAAAAGCAGUGGGAAGUAAACGUAUCGAGACGCAAGCUUUAUUGCUUUCUUUUUUCUUGUGAUAAUCUUCCUUCUCGAUCCCAGGACAGAAAGACCGGGAACCACCCCGCGACUUCCCUUUGUGGAGAGGUCUGAGUAGUCCCAUUUGUGUAGAGAUCGAAGCAUCAUCGCUUUUUUACAAAAGUUGAGAAAUUUUAGAAAGGUACCAUAUCUUUAGACCGGGAGCUGAAUAUGAUCGUUAUUUACCUACACUCAUCCACAAAAACCAUGGGUGGUACUGAGUAGAGAGACCUUGUGAUCGAAGUAGUUGGGACAUAUAUCACUUGAGAUACAAAAACCAUAUUUUUC